CCCACCGCUGUGGCCGCUGUGAAGGAAGGGGACGCGAUGGCUGGGCCGGCAUGGAUCUCCAAAGUCUCUCGGCUGCUGGGGGCAUUCCACAACCCAAAACAGGUGACCAGAGGUUUUUCUGGUGGCGUUCAGACGGUAACUUUAAUUCCAGGAGAUGGCAUUGGCCCAGAAAUCUCAGCUGCAGUUAUGAAGAUUUUUGAUGCUGCCAAAGCACCUAUUCAGUGGGAGGAGCGGAAUGUCACUGCCAUCCAAGGACCAGGAGGAAAGUGGAUGAUCCCCCCAGAAGCCAAAGAGUCCAUGGAUAAGAACAAGAUGGGCUUGAAAGGCCCUUUAAAGACCCCAAUAGCAGCUGGUCACCCAUCUAUGAAUUUAUUGCUGCGUAAAACAUUUGACCUUUAUGCCAACGUCCGACCAUGUGUCUCAAUCGAAGGCUAUAAAACCCCUUACACAGAUGUAAAUAUUGUCACCAUUCGCGAGAACACGGAGGGAGAGUAUAGUGGCAUUGAGCAUGUGAUCGUCGAUGGAGUCGUGCAGAGUAUCAAGCUUAUCACUGAGCAGGCGAGCAAGCGCAUUGCUGAGUUUGCCUUUGAGUAUGCCCGGAACAACCACCGGAGCAAUGUCACAGCUGUCCACAAAGCCAACAUCAUGCGAAUGUCAGAUGGGCUUUUUCUGCAAAAAUGCAGGGAAGUUGCAGAAAACUGUAAAGAUAUUAAAUUUAAUGAGAUGUACCUUGAUACAGUAUGUUUGAAUAUGGUACAAGAUCCGUCCCAGUUUGAUGUUCUUGUUAUGCCGAAUUUAUAUGGAGACAUCCUUAGUGACCUGUGUGCUGGACUGAUUGGAGGUCUUGGUGUGACGCCAAGUGGCAACAUUGGAGCUAACGGAGUUGCAAUCUUUGAGUCGGUUCAUGGAACUGCCCCGGAUAUAGCAGGCAAGGACAUGGCCAACCCCACUGCCCUCCUGCUCAGCGCCGUGAUGAUGCUGCGCCACAUGGGGCUUUAUGACCAGGCUGCCAAGAUUGAGGCUGCGUGUUUUGCUACAAUUAAAGAUGGAAAGGCUCCCUGAUUAAACUGCAGGGUGUAGGUGCAAGCACACGCGUGCAUUUUCUGAGGAGAGCAUCAGGUAUUUCAUCAGAUAAAGGUAUGAAGCACUGAUAUAGAGGCAUCCAUGUCCAGUGGAAAGAGCAGUGAUUUGGGAGUCAGAGUCAGGAUUAGGCCCAAUUUUCCUAUCGUAUCCUAUCCUAAUUAGCUAUUUGAUCUUGGCCAAGUCUGUUAAUUUUCUAGGCAGCUUUUCCCUCCUCUCAACAAACAUCUGUUGAGUUUACAUUAUGGGGUAUGAAGAAUAUAAUAAAAUGAUGAAUAGUAUAAGGUCCCGGGUCUCAAGGAGCUUGGAAUCUAACAACAAAUAUAGAUGCGAUGUGCCUAUCAUAUAGUGAUAUUAUAUGUUAUACUAUGUACAUCUGUAAUACAGAACUUUUAUAAAAGUAAUAAUAAUGGCUAAUAUUUAUUGUAUACUUACACAAUUCUAUGUUCUUUAUAACUAUCAUCUCAGCAAAUCUUCUGUAUAUGAAGUAGCUACUGUAAGUAAUCCCAUUUUAUAGAUGAGGAAACAGGCAUGAAGAGAUUAAGUAAUUUCUUCAAGGUCUCACAGCUCCUAAAUGGCAAAGUUAGGGUUCACAUCCAGUCUGGUUCUUGCCCAACAAGCUUCACUGCCUCCAUAAGCAGCUUUGGCCCAUGGAAGAGGGUGCAAUGGAUUCUUCUGGAAGUGAGAGGAGGGUGGAAGAGAUCAUGGCUUCCCAAGGCUGGGCCUUGCGGGCUGAUCCUUAGUCUGGGGUCCCUUCUUUUUUUUAAAAGUUCUGUAAUUUGAGAUUACUUCUUAUGGCCAAAAUACAAGUAAUCCAAGCUUGUUUUUAAUAGCCUGAUAGUCAUAUUGGAGGUAUAUGAUGUUACUGUUUUUUUAUUCCAAAGCUGCAUUUGGGAUUUUACACUGUAGAACCCAGCAGAGAGAAACCUAAAUUACACAGUAGUCCUUUUUAAUUGUGUAGGAUGCAAAGGCACAGAAGAAUCUGUUCCGGGGUGAAGAGAGGAUAAGCUGGUAGAAAACAGAUCAGCCUUAUGAGAGACUUUCUUUCCUAAGGGAGGAGGUUUAAGAGUUAGUGAUUUAAGUAUUUCCUUGGUAUUUGUUUCCUUGCCUCCAAAGAUGGAUCAGAACAUAUCCUAAGUUUUAAAAAUUCCCCCAAGGACUUCAUGAAACCUUUUGUUUAGAUCUGCUUUUAUUUAAAUGUCCAUAAUCAACAAAUAUUUUCUUAGGGUCUUUGAAUGUGUAUUUUCUUAGGGUCUAUUGAAUGUCCAAAGGGAAAGUUUUGUGAAAGCCUCCCUGCUUCCUUUUGUAGUGACAGCACCUUAUUUUUUUCAGAGUGUUUUCUUGUACGCUAUCUGUUGGGUUUUCCCAAUGCUCCUGGGGAAGGUAACAGUGGUAGGGUGGGGCCUCUCUUUAAAAUGAAGAACAAAAUGAGUGAGAGUAGCCAAGUAGCUUGCUCAGCUGGUGUUUCUGAGGCCUUUAAGUGAAAAUAGCCUUGGUUUGGUUUAGUGCAUGUAUACAUUUUCAUCUCUGCCUUUUCCUUUUCUCAGAGCUUAACAAAAGAUCUCGGAGGCAAUGCAAAGUGCUCAGACUUCACAGAAGAAAUCUGUCGCCGAGUAAAAGAUUUAGAUUAAUGCUCCUACCAGUGGUGUUUACACCAAUCACUCUGAAUGGACACCAUAUAAAUCUAUAUUUAGAAACCUACCGUAUAUAUGCAUUUGGUUUGCUUGUUUCUUGACAGAGUACAUUUUUGGGUCUGGCCUCUUCUUAACAGAAUCUGUGCAAAAGAUGCAAGUGAUACCCCUAGGCCUGCUUUCAAGGGACUUUUUCCAAGUGCUGUUUUAUUUAUUAAAUGUCUAUCUAGUAAACAUUUUUUUGUAAACUUUAAUAAGAGGAU